CCGCCUGCGUGAUGACGUAGGCGGGCGGUUGAUUCUGGCUGUGUCACCAUGGCGGCCUUGAGGGGCCUGGUGUCCGCCCUGGAGUCCUAUCGGGAGCGCGAUCGGCUGAUCAGGACUUUGGGUUAUGGCUGUCAGCUUAUUGGCGGUAUCUUGCUCGAGAAGUCUCAUGCCAAAUCUGAAGUGGGGAAAAGUCUCCUGGUUUUCUCCGAGCAGCUCAGCCACUGUAGGACAGUACUGCGCUUGUUUGAUGACCUGUCCAUGCUGGCUUAUACCAAGCGGUAUGGCCUGGGCACUAAGGAAGAAGAUGCCAUCCUACGUUGGAUGUCUGUUUUCAAUAACCUGGCCGAUCAGCUCUACUAUCCCUGUGAACAUGUUGCAUGGGCUGCUGACGCUAAAAUUAUUUGCACAAACUCUGCCAAGUGGUGGACAUUUACCACCUCUCUCUGGGGUAUUUCUCUUCUCCUAGGAAUCGGACGAUCUCUGAGGACUGUGCUUAAGCUGAGAAGAAAGCUGAGGAGCCCAGAGGGAAACUUCACUGGCCAACCUUCCAAGAGGGAUCAAAAGGCUAUUGAAGGUCAGAUGAAGUCAGAAGUUCUAAAUCUUCUCAGCAAUUUGGCCGAUCUGUGCAAUGCGGUCCACUGGUUGCCACCAGGGUUUCUUUGGGCUGGAAGAUUUCCUCCGUGGUUGGUGGGUCUGAUGGGCACCCUCUCCUCCCUGAUUGGUCUGUACCGAGUAUCCGAUGGAGGAAAUGCUGGCACUCUCUGAAAUGGCCACACCUGGACACUGAUGAUUCGGAAGUUUAAGGUGCAAUACUAGAGUCACCGGAGCAGGAACGAAGGCUCUCGGAAAAAGUAGAAGUUAAGGGGAUCUUAAGCUUUCAGGCAGGGACCUGCUCUCUGCUUUGCACAGAGCAGGCUUUCAAUAAAUACUGUUAAUUUGAUUAGUACUGAAAUUAUUCCUGACAGGGAAAAUGCUCCCUACAAGUCUGUGAAGCAAAAUAAGAGGUGUAAUAAAUGUGGAAAAGUAAGAUUAAAAGAUGAAAAGGA